AUGCGGUCAUCGUCCUCCUCAUCGUCGGCGGCGGGCGGCGCGGCGCGGCCGCAGCGGGAUCCGACGGGUCCGGCUCCAUUGUGGGGAGGCGGGGUGCGAGACGAUGGUCGAGGAGGACCGAUGCUUGUGCGGGGCGGCGGCGGCGGCUCCAGCCUGGUAUGGAGGCGAAGGGGAUGGGGUCUAGGGGCCAAGGCCCUCCCCCUUCUCUCCGACGUCGGCGUCGGCCGCGACCCUGCCGCCAUCAAGUACUACGCCCGCGUCGCAUCCAACCUCGCGGGUGCAGGCCGUCUCCGCGACUUCCUCCUCGCCGCCGAGGGCCUCCGCGCAGUCGCGGGCGACGAUCCCACCUUCGCGGCGCGCAUCAGUGCCCGUCUCCUGUCGCGCGGCGUCGCCGCCGCUGUCCGCGAGCGCGGACUGCCCUUCGUGCUCGAGUUCUUCCAAGACGCCGAGCGCGUGCGCGUCCCCGCAGUCGAGAUGCUCGACGCCGACGCGUCCGACGCUGUCGCCGGCGCCUGCCGGAUGUUGCUGGAGGAGCGACGAAUGGUGGAGUUCGUGGAGGUCGUCGAGGCGCUAGCUCGGUAUGGAUUCUAUGUUCAAGGCAUUGUGAACCCCAUGGAUGUACUGAAAAUAUUUGUCAAGCAGCGUGACCCAGAUAUAGCUAUAAGGUAUGCACGCAUAUUUCCUAAUUCCCAACUUUUACUCUGCGAUACCAUGGAAGCUUUUGGAAAAAGAAAGGAUUUGAAAAAUGCUUUAAUGGUCUUUGGAGCCCUUAAGGACCAGCUUGGAGGCAUCAAUAUGUUUGCAUGCCGAAGUAUAAUAGAUAUAUGUGGCCAUUGUGGCUCUGCUGUACAGGCUCGAAUUAUAUUUGAGGGGCUGCUUGCUGAUAAGAUUACUCCAAAUACCUACGUCUUCAACAGCCUAAUGAAUGUUAAUGCCCAUAGCUUGAGCUACAACUUUUCAGUCUACAAGCAUAUGCAAAAUCUCGGUAUCCCUCCUGAUUUGACUUCAUAUAAUAUUCUUUUGAAGACAUGCUGCAAUGCCAGAGAAUUCAACUUGGCUCAAGAAAUUUAUGAAGAAAUGAAGAAAAAGGAACAUAAUGGCCUUUUAAAGCUAGAUGUUUUCACAUAUAGUACAAUGAUGAAGGUGUUUGCAGAUGCAAAAAUGUGGAAGAUGGCUUCCAACAUCAAAGAGGAUAUGCAAGUGAAUGGGAUUCUUCUUAACCUAGUAACAUGGUCAUCGUUAAUCAAUGGUUAUGCAAAUUCUGGUCUGGUCGAUCGUGCAAUAGAGAUCCUUGAAGAAAUGAUAAGGGAUGGCUGCCAACCUACAGCCCCAUGCUUCAAUAUUAUCCUUACUGCUUGUGUCAAGUCAUGCCAAUACGAUAGAGCUUUCCGCUUGUUCUACAAUUGGAAGGAGUCUGGUAUCAAGAUAUCUCUAUCCCCUGAACAGAAGAGAGGUCUUGAUGGUGGCUUUACAUUCUGUAAAGAGUAUCCUAGUAAUGGCAGUACUAUAUUGGUGGUUCCAUUCAGGCCAACAGUCACAACCUAUAACAUCUUGAUGAAGGCUUGUGGUACUAAUGCAGAACGUGCAAAGUCUGUAAUGAACGAAAUGAGGCGGAAUGGCCUUUGUCCUGAUCUUAUCAGCUGGUCUAUACUCAUGGAUAUUUAUGGAACUUCUCAAAAUAGGGAUGGAGCUGUUCAGGCACUAAGGAGAAUGCAGCGAGUUGGGAUGAGACUUAAUGUCUCUGCAUAUACUGUUGCUAUUAAGGCAUGUGUUGAAAACAAAGAUUUGAAGUUAGCACUGCACUUGUUUGAAGAAAUGAAAACACACCAACUGAAGCCCAAUUUGGUGACCUACAAAACUCUCCUGGCGGCACGCAGCAAUUAUGGAUCACUACAGGAGGUCCAGCAGUGUUUAGCAAUAUAUCAGGAAAUGAGGAAAGCAGGGUAUCAGGCAAAUGACUAUUAUCUCAAGGAAUUAAUAGUGGAAUGGUGUGAAGGAGUUCUGUCUAGUCGCAGUGAUAAUCAAGAUUUUUACAAUUUGGAUCUACAACCUAAGAGGAAAGAAUCGUUCAACCUGUUUCUUGAGAAAGUCAUAACAGUCUUGCAAAAAGAUACUGAUCAGAACCAAAUUGUCGAUGUUCGUGGCCUUUCAAAGGUUGAAGCUCGAAUUGUUGUUCUCUCUGUUCUUCGGAAGAUCAAAGAGCAAUACCUCCUAGGAAGAGUGGUCCAGGAUGAUGUGGUUAUCAUCACAGGUCAUGAGAAGACAUCAAGAACUGAAGCUGAAACUAAUACGGUUGACGUCGUGCAGGCAAUAGUUACUGUUUUGACGGCUGAUCUGGGUCUUGAAGUUUUGAUUGGACCUGGAAGCCGCCCUCCUGUUUCAUCAAAACCCAAAGCACCAACUAAAUCUAGAAGUAAUUUAGAGCAAAUAUCCAAAGAAUUUACUAGGAGACCACAGGGAAUGAUAAAAAUCCCUAUCAACUCACUGAACCAUUGGUUGAAGAAGAAAGCCGUGAGGAUUGCAGAGUGA